GGAAAGAUCAGCUAGGGAAUACCGCCACAACGCGUCUCCCAAGAAAGCCUUCAUCGUCGCAUACCACAUCCGUCGCGAAAGAUAACGACCCUCUAAAUCGCCAUUCAAUACGAACCGAGAAUCUACUCCAUCAGAACGAACAUGCAGCCUCACUAUAGGCAUGCAGGCUAUAGUCAUGCCGGGCAACAAGGUCCCCAAAGACCUCUACAGCCGAGCCAGCGACGAGGUGGGAUAGGCCCCAUGGUAAUGCCUGGAGGACAACCGACCCCGAAUAGAGCCGCUCUACACCCGGCGAUGCCUACCGGCCCCCAAGCGCAACACGAUGCCUCGGAAUUGGCCCACUCCUCCCUCAAUGCUGCCAAGCGGAGGAGUCGCAAACCUGCCGACAAGAAUCUGCCAGAGGGCAUCGAAGACUGCUUGAUUGAGUCGGAGCUGGCCCAGAGGUACAAGGAUCUCCGAGAUCUCGAACAGCGCCUCGAUGCCAUCAUAACGCGCAAACGCCUCGAUAUGGUGGAUACUAUUCAUCGACACGGAAAGCGCUCUAAGACACUCCGCAUCUGGAUCAGCAACACGGUGGAGGAUCAGCCCUGGCAAGUUGGUGGCGUGAAGACGGAUGCCUUCGAUUUCAGUCGCAACUUGGAGGCAUCUUAUCGUGUCAAAAUAGAGGGUCGCUUGCUCGAUGACGACGACGACUCGCUGUCAGAACAAGCGUCCAGCGCUUCUGAGGAGGGCGCCGAGGGGUCUUCGGGUUCUACCAGACCCGCCCGCCCUAAGGCCCGGGGACCCAGCUUCACCCAUUUUUUCCAGAGAAUGGAAGUCGAAUUCGAUAAAAGCUAUUCGCGUGCGGCGGCAAAUCAGACCGUCAGUUGGGUCAAGGCAAGGUCGUCCAAAUCGACGGCUUCCGUCGAGGACUUUGAUGAACUCACGUUCAAGCGCAACGGUAGCGAGAACAUGAACAUCACCAUAUUCUUAACCCGCCAUGAAGAUCCUGAACGGUACAAGCUGAGCAAUGACUUGUCGGACAUUGUCGACAUGCCGGAUGCCAAUCGCCAGGAUGUGUUGACAGGCAUCUGGGAAUACAUCAAGUUCAUGGGCCUGCAGGAGGAUGAGGAGAAGCGCAUUUUCCGAUGCGACGAGCUUUUGAAAAAGAUUGUGCCAAACAGCGACGUUUGUUCCAUUUCUGACUUGGACCGGUUUAUCAACGCACACCUCGAGGCCUUGGAUCCUGUCCAGCUACCCUACACCAUACGGGUCGACGAAGAAUUCCAUGAAGACCCACAACCGACCAUCUAUGACAUUGAGGUCUCAGUCGAUGAGCCAUUGCGCGCCAAAGCUCUCCCUUUCAUCAUGAACCCAGCAUAUGCCGAGAAUCUCCGAGAGAUCGUGGCUCUGGACGAGCAUUUAGCUUUGGUGGCCGAGGCCGUCUCUGCCUCAAAGGCCAAGCACACGUUCUUCACCUCGUUGGGUCAAGAUCCUGCUAUCUUUAUGAAGGACUGGCUGAGUUCUCAAAAGCGAGAUCUUGAAGUGAUUAUGGGAGAAGCACCCAGAGGCAUAAGCGACGAUGUGACUACUGACAAUUGGCGGCGUGGUGGGCCGGAGAGUGUUUGGGCGAGUUCGAAUGCACGCGAAAGCGUGAGCCUUCUUCUUGCCCGGCCCUCACGGUAAGCAUCGCAGAAUAAGAAGAGGCAAAAGCAUUUUCUUUUUCUUUUCAUUUCCCCUCCUCUUGUGUCCAAGUAGCCGCGGCUGCAAUAAACUCGCGGAACGAAAGGGGGUUCUACCGGCACACCGGAUUAUGGGUCAUUUUGUGGGCGUUGGGGGUGUCGGGAGGUCAGUAGCUUAGAGAUUUGGCGCCAGUCCUGUUACCGAGGGCACCUUGU